GCUGAUCCACGAUCGGCUCUGAGCUACGUGCAGUUUUCUGAACUCUAGCUAUCACCGUACACCUCCAAGUCACACUGACCAUGUCCGAGAGCGAGAGAAUCACGAUUUACGCUGCUGAGGAAUCUCCGUUCCCUCAUCGAGUGUUCGUCGCGCUCGAAGAGGCUAAACUUCCUUAUGAUAUCAUCUGGAUCGAUCUUUGUGACAAGCCCGACUGGUACACCGAGAACGUCUACCCUACCGCGAAGGUCCCUUACUUGGUAUAUGGAGGCCCCAAACUACACCCAGGACAAUCUCCUUCACCAGACCUCCCUCAGCUUGGCGAGUCGAUGGUCAUCCUCGAAUUCCUCGCAGACACUUUCCCGAAGGCACAGCUGCUUCCCUCAUCUCCCUUCUUACGUGCCAAGGCGCGCCUAUUCUACAAAGCAGUGGAGGAAAUUUUCGUCCCUGCGUUGAUUGAAGUUGCCUACAAGAAGGGCCCAGGGGAGACUUUGUACAAGGCGUUGGAACACAUACAGAGCUUGCUGCCGCCAACUGGCUUCGCAGUCGGAGACUGGUCGAUCGCGGAUGCGGCGUUCUGGCCAGUGUACCUACAGGCGUUCGUUUUGCUCGAGCUGAAGCCGCCUACCUUGGCCCCGGGAAGCGAGGAGGUCUUGGAGACGUUGCAGAACUCUCCGAGGUUCGCGCGUCUACGAACGUACGUGGAGGAGAACAUGACACGCCCCAGUGCAACCAAAAGAUGGAAUACGGAAACCGUCAAGGCGAAGAUGGCUCGUCGACUUGAGUUUGUUUUUUCCGGAGCCCAAAAAAAGUAGUGGGUGGCCUAUGUCUCUAGAACCGCAGAGUGGGAACUGCCUCCCAUAAACUGCCGAUAGGUUUGCUAGCGUUAGUGUUGCGAAUUCGAGAUAAAUGUAUAGCCAAGUGGAUGCACAACCUCAACUUCUACCUGUUCUGUACCAUAGCUUGCGCCAGGGUCGAGUUAGGCCACAAAA